CUAUACUUCGAAUGAUUUUACCUAUAUUCCGAAUGAUUAACGAGAUUGGUAUUUGAUCGGUUAUUUCUUGUUGCUUAUAUCUUCCGAUUUUAGACUUAUUACGGCAUCAUCGUUUAAGUGGAGCUGGGAAGGAAUUGUGCGAGUGUAGAGUAGUUGACAAAAGAUCGUGUGCACUUGUUCGAUAUCGGUUAAUCCUUGUAGGAGAGCAAUGAUCAGUCGAAUAAGUGCCGUGAGCAAAAAGGCUGGGAUUGACUUGUCGAGACGAUUAUAGGAGUUAUCAGUUGGCCGUUGAUAUCAAUUCGAGUCAAGCACACGAACGCGUGUUUGGUUUUCGCCCCACUCGUUACCACCGGAACUUGUUCGCUUUCGAGAAUCGUGAUCCCGUGAUCUGCCCGCGACACGCACGAAUUGCACGUACUGCACGUAUUUACAUACAAUUCAGAAAAUCUUUAAACCGAUCUUACAGAACGGUCACAAUCCGGUAUUACGAGAUUCGAAGAUCGCUCCUUUGUCCUUUGUCUACUACUAUAUUAUUUGUUGAUGCUCCAGAGUUUCAUAGAUACCUGAUAAAUUUUUCCACGUUUUUUUAUUUCUUCGCACGACCCUUGUCGCGUAUAUCCAUAAAUUUCAUACAAUUUAAAAUGAGUAGAGACCUUUCGCGUUAUAUAUAUUUUUUCCCUUAUUUCUUCCUUGUUUCUCAUCGGAAAAUUGCGGUUUUGUAAUAUAGUCUGAUCCAACUUUAUCUCUACAAAGUUUGACGCUUAUCGGCGUGUAAGCAGUUGUUAAAAAUUCGUUAUCGUCCCUCGAUAUUUUAACCGAAUGGAAUUACGGUUUUUGUACUUAAUUCAACGCGAGUAACGACUGAUUAUCCGUAAAAGAUAUUUCCGGUAAAAGAUCCUCCAUCGCUAGUUCUUUGUCGUGUUUGAACUUAUUGUUAGAGUCAUGGACGACGAUACACAGCCUCUGAUUCGAAAGAAAAAGGAGAUGGUGAUGGACUUGUUUUGGGAUGGCGACGAUGAUGUCAAUUACGAAGGGACAGCGCAUUUGGUCUACGUUUCUGAGUCGCAGGAAAUUAAAAAUUCCUCGAAUAAUUCUGGUACGGUGAAGAUUAACAUCGAGGGUAUGAGAUGUCAGAGCUGUGUGAAGAACAUCGAGGCAACCAUAGGUAGUCGAUCGGAAAUCUUAAGUAUUAAAGUAGUCUUAGAAGAGAAGCUCGGUUACAUUGAAUACAAGGCAGACGAAAUUACGCCUGAUGAAUUGGUCGAAGCUAUAGAAGACAUGGGUUUUACUGCUUCUUUAUGUCGGAAUGAAAGCAGUUCUGUAGAAAAGAAUCAGAAAAGUUGUCUAUUACAAUCAACCACUAGCACUUGUAGUAUACACGUUGAUGGAAUGACUUGUAUGUCUUGCGUUAAAACUAUUACUGAUAUCCUAUCGGAGAAAUCAGGAAUAAAAGAGCUGAAUGUUAGUUUAGAGAAUAAGGAAGCUAAAGUUUCGUAUAACGACAAUGACGUAACGGCAGAACAAAUAUCAGCAUUCAUUGAAGAAAUGGGUUUCAAUGCGUUUGUUAAAGAAGUAAAUGGCAAAAUCGUUGGAAUGAUAGAUUCGUCGUUGAAAACUGAUUCUGCACAGGGUGAAGAAAUUUCGUUGCAGAUGAAUGGAGGAGGUGACGUAAAAGCUCAGAAUCAAACAGCAAAAUGUUUCUUACAUAUAACGGGAAUGACUUGCGCUUCCUGUGUCAUUGCUAUAGAAAAACAUUGUAAAAAAUUGUACGGUGUAAACAAUAUCUUGAUAGCAUUGUUGGCGGCAAAGGCAGAAGUUACAUUUGACCCGGAUAAGAUAAGGGCGGUCGAUAUAGCUUCCAGCGUAUCCGAAUUAGGUUUUCCUACUACUUUGAUCGAGGAACCUGGGACCGGUAAAGGAGAAAUUGAACUGAAAAUUUCAGGUAUGACAUGCGCAUCUUGCGUAAAUAAAAUAGAAUCGACUGUGAAGAAAUUACCUGGCGUUCAUUCGGCCGCAAUUGCUCUAGCAACUCAACGAGGCAAAUUCAAAUAUGACGUAGAAAAACUGGGCGUUAGAGACAUUAUUGAUUGCAUUAACAAAUUAGGUUUCACCGCUAUGCUAUUUAAUAAUGGAGAUAAAGAAAAUAGAGAUUAUUUGGAUCAAAAAGAAGAAAUAAACAAAUGGCGGACAGCGUUUCUAGUAUCUUUAAUUUUUGGCAUACCGUGUAUGUUAGCCAUGACAUACUUUAUGGUUGUUAUGUCCAUUGGUGAAAAAUCGCACGAAGAUAUGUGUUGUAUAGUACCUGGUCUUUCAUGGGAAAAUCUAAUUCUUUUUAUAUUUUCUACGCCAGUUCAGUUUUUUGGUGGCUGGCAUUUCUAUGUUCAAGCAUAUAAAGCUUUAAAACAUGGUACAGCUAACAUGGAUGUUUUAAUCUCUAUGACCACUACAGUAUCUUAUUUAUAUUCAGUUGCUGUACUUACAGCAGCCAUGAUAAUGAAGGAGCAUGUCAGUCCUCAAACAUUUUUUGAUACUCCACCAAUGUUGUUGGUAUUUAUCAGCUUAGGAAGGUGGUUAGAGCAUGUUGCAAAGGGAAAGACUUCGGAAGCUUUAUCGAAGUUAUUGUCUUUGAAAGCAACAGAUGCGGUUCUAGUUACAUUAGGUCUUAACAAUGAAAUAUUAUCUGAACGUUUAAUUAGUAUAGAUUUAGUACAACAGGGAGAUGUACUAAAAGUAGUUCAAGGUGCCAAAGUUCCGGUUGAUGGUAGGGUUUUGUCAGGACAUUCUACUUGUGACGAGAGUCUAAUUACCGGGGAAAGUAUGCCGGUGCCAAAAAAGAAAGGGUCUGUUGUGAUAGGUGGCUCGAUAAAUCAAAAUGGUCCACUUUUAAUUACUGCCACACAUACAGGAGAACAUACGACAUUGGCACAAAUUGUACGAUUGGUAGAAGAGGCUCAAAUGAAUAAAGCACCUAUACAACAUUUAGCUGAUAAGAUAGCUGGUUAUUUCAUUCCAUUGGUUAUAGCUGUUUCUAUUGUGACUUUAAUCAUUUGGAUUAUAGUGGGAUAUGUGAAUAUAAAUAAUUUACCGAUCUCUCACGAUGAUCAAAUUAAUAAACACGGAUUGAACAGAGAAGAGAUUAUAUUUAAAUAUGCUUUUCGAAGUGCUCUUUGCGUAUUAGCAAUAGCUUGUCCAUGUGCGUUGGGUUUAGCGACACCGACUGCUGUUAUGGUUGGUACUGGAAUCGGUGCAUUAAAUGGUAUCUUAAUAAAGGGUGCUGAACCUUUGGAGAAUGCACACAAAGUUAAAUGUAUUGUAUUUGAUAAAACGGGAACAAUAACACACGGUGUGCCAAUGGUAACAAAAAUAAAUCUGUUGGUAAAUGAAAAUGUUUGUUCGUUAGCGAAGUUCUUAGUUAUUGUUUGUACAGCUGAAACAAAUAGCGAACAUCCAAUCGCAUCAGCGAUUGUUCGGUACGUGAAAGAAACGAUAGGUUCAGAAACAACUGGACAGUGUAUGAAUUUUCAAACAGUUGCUGGUUGUGGACUUAAGUGUAAAGUAUCACAUAUUUCAACAAUACUGGCCGAUGCAUUAAAAUCUGAAAAAAUUAUUAACUAUGUUAACGAAGUAAAAAAAUUAUCUUCUGGAACAUAUAAUCUAAAUAAUAUAUCAAUCGAUGUUACACCAAUUACGAGUACGAGCCAAGGUAGACAGAAUUUGGACCUGGAAUUGUUGUUGAAUCCGGAUUCCCAUGGUGAUCAAAUUAAUCCUGACGAUGUAUAUGAAAUUUGUAUCGGCAAUCGAGAGUGGAUGCGAAGAAACGCUGUAAAUAUACCGCAAGAAGUAGAGUUGAAAAUGGUUGCUGAGGAAAAUUUAGGCCAUACUGCAGUUUUAGCAGUAAUAAAUAAUGUAUUGAUAGCUAUGAUCAGUGUAGCAGACACGGUCAAACCUGAAGCUCAUCUAGCAAUUUAUACUUUAAAAAAGAUGGGUUUAGAAGUUAUUCUUUUAACAGGAGAUAAUAGAAUAACUGCUGCUUCUAUUGCUAGACAUGUUGGUAUUAGUAGAGUAUUUGCUGAGGUAUUACCUUCGCAUAAAGUUGCUAAAAUUCAGCGCUUACAAGAUCAAGGUUUGAGAGUUGCAAUGGUAGGAGAUGGGGUUAAUGAUAGUCCUGCUCUUGCUCAAUCAGAUGUUGGUAUUGCAAUAGCUUCUGGUACAGAUGUUGCUGUGGAAGCAGCUGAUGUGGUUCUUAUGCGAAACGAUCUUUUGGAUGUUAUCGCGUGUUUGGAUUUAUCGAGGAAGACAGUUCUUCGAAUAAGACUGAACUUUUUAUUUGCUAGUAUCUAUAAUCUGUUGGGUAUUCCUAUUGCUGCUGGGAUAUUUAGUUCAUUCGGAUUCUUUCUUCAACCUUGGAUGUCAUCAGCGGCGAUGGCAUUAAGUUCAGCAUCCGUAGUUGGUAGUUCUUUAUUAUUGAAAUUAUAUCGUAAACCGACAAAGGCCAUCUUAGAAACACCCGAAUAUUUAACAGCGAUGCACGCUCAUUCUACCGCAAGAAGAAUCGAUUUAGAUACGGUAUCUCUUCACUGUGGUUUAGAUGAUUCUGUAAUACCUAUUAUGCAUAGAUCAACAUCGACAUUGUCCAGGCUAUUUAGAAGAUCUAAGGAUGAUAUAGAGGGUCGGCUUCUAGCUGAAGAUGUUGAUGAAAUUGAUUUGGUAACAGAUUUUUCUGGUUAUCGGAAAAAUGUAGAGGACCAUGCAAACGUAAUACCCUUAUGA